GGCGUGACGGUGUUGGUACAUCCAAAUGGCUGGGUCAGAUGGAGGAAGAGGGCAUGCUUCAUUUGCCUUCAACAUGGAGGCUAUUGGCUUUGGUAAAGGUGCAGCUCUACCUGAUGUCAUCUGUAAGCCUCCACCACCAUUUCCAAGUACGGACAAUAAGCCAGUGCCUCUGAAAAUAAGAGAAGACGAAGAUUACAUGUUGGCCUUAAAACAAGAUCUUAGAGAUACUACAAAAAAAAUGCCAUACUUCUUGACAGUAGGAGAUAAACAUUAUAGAUUGGAGAAGACUCCCAAGAUAGAUGAAACCAAAGAAGGCAAACAAAAAACGCAAAAAAACUCUGAGCCUAAAAGAAAUCUGGAUGUCAUUAAAAAAAUUGAAGCACUAAAAAAGAAGGAUGAGGAAAAAGAAAAACCUGAGGAUGAGAAAGACAGAGACAAAGAAGGUGAAGAUGAUGAAGAAGCAGAAGAACCAGAGGAAUAUGGUGAAGAGCAUGAAAAGGAAAAUUACUACAUUUCUUCCUAUUUUGAAGAUGGAGAUGGCUUUGGUGUUGUCAGUGAUGACAAUAUGGUUGAAGCAACAUAG